AUGGAUUUCAUAAAGAAUCUUCUGCCCUCUGUCAUGUCCACAGGCGUCAGCAAAAGCGUCAACGACCUUAAAUCCUUGGUCGAGGGCGACCCUGAGCUCUAUGCGCUUUGCACACGGAUGUUUAGGGAAGUCGCUCCUGGAAAUCCGACUAUCCCUAACAAUCUCGCUACCUUUAUUGUACAAUUGAACACUCUUGUUCGAAGCGCGCCUGCAUUCUCCACCCAGCGUUGGGCCAGCAGUCCCUUGACCAAGUUCAUUGAGCCAUACGUCCGCACACCGUCUGGAUACAAUUUCUUCGUCCACGCAAAGGUCAACGACGUUUUCCACAGCAUUCUCAAAGAUUGGAGUGACUAUCUGUGGUCCUCGGAUUCGGCGGCUGUCCUGACAGAUAAGCGGAAUGGUUGGUUUAGCCCCGAAGCUCUGUCCGAAAUGCCCGACUUUGAGGAAACCUUCAUCUGCGACCGAGAAAAGCCCCACUGGGGCUUCUCAUCGUGGAACGACUUUUUCAACCGGAAGCUUCGCGAAGGCGCACGACCGAUCAGCGAGCCGAACAAUCCAGCUAUCGUCGUCGCCAGUGUUGAGGGAACAACCUACAAGGUAGCUUCUGAUAUCAAAGAGGAGGAUUCGUUCUGGAUCAAGGACCAGCCGUACUCCCUGAAGCAUAUGUUUGACGGCGAUCCAACUGUCACGGACUUUAUUGGAGGCACCGUCUAUCAGGCCUAUAUCAAGCCAACCAGCUACCAUCGCUGGCAUGCGCCCGUCUCGGGGACGGUCGCCAGGGUCAUCGAGAUUCCCGGGACGUUCUGUCCCGCACAGCGGGAUAGCAUGAGCUCGGAUGAUUGGGUUGCGGCAUCCCAGGGGUACGCGGUGCACACGGCUACUCGGAAUCUGAUCUUCAUUGAAACAGCAGAACUGGGACUCGUCUGCUGCCUAUAUGCGGGGCUGUUGGAACGAGGUUCGUGCGAGACGACUGUAAAGGCUGGAGAUUACGUUAGUAAGGGCGAGAAGCUGGGUAUGUUCCAUUUUGGAGGAAGCACGCAUUGUCUUAUUUUCGGACCCGGCACCAAUAUUGCUUGGGACAAUAAGCGACAGGUGAGAGUGGGAGAGGAAACGUUUCAUUUGUCGGUAUGA